GUCUCACGGAUGGGAUGCUGCGUCGUCACCCGUUGAAUUGCAGAGGCUACCUAGCACCCUACCUUGGUAGCGUAGCAUCAUCGUGUGACCUCCCCAGCCUUUGGAUACCUAAUGAGGAAGUAGUGUACUGUCAGAAUGUCUUGUCCAUGUUGCCUCUUUGCCACAUUUGUCGUCUCCAUCUGUCUCCUUCACUCUCUCUUCCUUUUCGACGUCCCUCGUCGAUGUCCAUCACAAUACGCCACGGCUGCAGCGCCGACUGCGACUCUCGAAAUGCUCCCGUACUCGUACUUCGCCGCCGCCAUAUUCAGAUCCUCCACGACGAUUUAGCCGCCGGCGGGGGGUGUAAUAUCAUCCUGAAUCCUACGAGGUUCAUGAUGGGAAUUGCCCUCUUUACCCCUUGUCGUGUGCAAUAUGUUUGCUGAUGGUACCUCCAGCUCGUCUGCCAUGUCGCACCAAGCGCGGCACAUAUCUUGCACUGUCAAGCCUGACCGCGACAACCUUACUCGAGUGCAUGCUCAUCUUCAUCUCCAUUUUAGUCUUUCUUGCCGCGCUUUUGCAUUCGCUUGCAACCCUCUUUGCCGCUGGUGUCUCCUCAACUGGCGUUGACAUUGCAGCCGCCCCUCAUCGACUCGGGGACCCUUCGGCGCGGUCCCGGACCGCGGUGUGCAUGAAUGCGUGUUACAAUCCACGAAUGACAAGUUUGCGAAUCGUAAUGGGUUGUCCGGUCCGUCCGGACUCGAACACCACAUGCUCGUUUCCCAUUCACCGUCGCCUGCCCAUGACGAUGGGAACCAAGCGGGGGCGGAGGGGCUCGAGCAGACCGCCUCGGGCUAUAGUGCCCAAACUUUUGUACGGCUCUUCUUCAUUCCACUGCAAUUCGGCUGGUCACUUUGGCACUUUCGGCACUGUCACAUACGGUCUUUGGUUAACCCUGCUUGCUUUCCAUUGUUUUAUCCAGGCGUGCGAGGUUAGGUACCUGAUAGGAUUCUUACUGGCGACUUUUGUCUGCUCAAUUGAGCAAAUCUGAGCCUGUCGCUUUCUGCCUUUGCCGUACUGCAUGCACUUCCUAGCCCGAAGCCUUUGCCGCUUGCAAUUCGCUGUCAUUGGCCUGGCACCGCUCUAUCAAUUACCCCGUUAUCCUGGCAGCUCUUUGCGCAAACCCAUGCACAAAGGGUCUUACCGACUGGCCACAUUCAACGUCCAUUGAGGUUGGUUUCUUUAUUUUUGGAUGUGAUAAGCUGUUGCCGGUCAUGCGCCCAUGGGUGCUCGGCUCAGCGCAUCUGGCAUCCCUCCAUCUCAUAG